UGUGCCUACACGCUAGCUGAAUGGUGGUUGUACAACUCAAAGGGCUAAGCCUAUUCAUAUAUUAUACAGCAGCGAGGCAUUUUUUUAAGUUAAUCUUCCCUGAGAAUGUAACUUCUUCCUACGUCCAUGUCGAUCUCCAACCGAGCAGCUGUUCGAUGUAUUUGAGAUCAUGUCAGCCUCCAAGAUUGAACUGCGUCCACGUCAGAAGCAUGGCACAAAUAAAACCUCUGGGGACACGUCCAAAGAGGUGUCCCCAGACUCCAAGUGCCCCAUCUGUUUGGACGCCUUCCACAACAUGUCCUACCUGGACCUGUGCUUGCACAAGUUCUGCUUCCGCUGCAUCCAUGAGUGGUCGAAGAACAAAGCGGAGUGUCCGCUGUGCAAGCAGCCGUUCAACUCCAUCUACCACACCAUCAAGUCGGACCAAGACUUCAAGAAGUAUGACCUGAGGCCCUCCGACAACGGCUCAUUUGGGAGUUUCGGUGGUGUACGCUUCCGGUACCACACCACCAUGACGGGCGUGCGUCAGCGCGCCGAGAGGAGGACCGCUACCCCUCCAGACAACGGCGUGAUGUUUGAGAACUUUGGAGAUGCGUACCAGCUGCAUGAGCGCAACCUAAGGCGCAUGAUGUCGAGGUUGGCGGCAGGGCGGCGGGCCGCUAGCGAAGGCAGAGCAGUCCGUGCCAUCCGGGAGCAGGAAAUGAUCACGUUCAGGAGGGGGCUGUAUCGCGAGGGAAUCCGGGUGCAGUCGGUGGAGGACGGCGGCCGCUGCCGGGACACCACGGCCGAGUUCUAUCAGAGGAACCCUGCGUGCCUUCACAGACUGGUGCCCUGGCUGAAGAGGGAGCUCAUGGUGCUCUAUGGAGCCCACGGCUCUCUGGUCAACAUCGUACAACACGUGGUGAUGUCGCGCAUCACCCGCUUCAAUCUGGAGGCCAGUGAUAUACUGGAGGAGCUCAGGCCGUUCCUCCAGGCUCGCACAGAGCACUUCCUCCACGAGUUCAUCAGCUUUGCCAAGGCUCCCUUCAACAUGGAAGCCUAUGACCAGCAUGCCGUCUAUGACUGCCCCGACUCCCUAUUAGACGACGACAGUAGCUCUCACUCAUCUGUCAUAGCCGUCUCGGAGGACGAUCUAAUGUCAGUGGAUCUGGACACCAUUGGAGAGUCUAUGUCCAGCGGUGCUCUCAGUCAGUCUGCGUGGGACGAUGAGACGCCUGGGCCCUCGUAUUCCACGACGGAAGAAAGAAACAAAGUGCCGCCGCUCUCUAUACCAGACUCUGACAGCAGCCAGGAGGAAGAGCUACAGGAAAUCAGUUCCUCCUCCCAUCCCAAAGGCCCUUCAAACCCAAAGGACGCGUCCCACAGUGGUGUCCAAAAAUAUAGAUCUCUUUUGUCCUCCUAUGAUUAUGAUGUUGGUGGGGAUGAAGAUGACUGUGUUAUCGUUGGUUUCGUGAAGCCGGUGUCACAGAGGACGCCAGAGCUGGUUCAGCUCUCAUCAGACUCUGAGGAUUCUGUCCAUGAGGAGAUGGACAGAAAGCCUCAGCUGCCUCAACACAUUCGCUUCACCACCCCCAGCGCCUCUCCUCUGCCCGCUGUAGAGCGAAGCCCCCCUCCUGCCUCAGGCGCGAAACCGCAUUCACCAUCUGAAGAACAAAGCGGCCUCUCCAGGUCUAGAGGACACAAUUUGUCAGAGAGGAAAAGAGACUACGACAAGGACAGCAAGAGGCGUCGCAGUGCAGAAAGAUGCAGGGAACGGCAGGGAUCUAGCAGUGGAACUCAAUCGAGGAGAAAUAGGCGGGACAGAAGGUCGAGAAGUGCCAGUGAUUCUUCCAGGAGCCCCACCAACAGUGCCGUCACCCUGUCCCGGUCAAGGAGGCAUUCCCGAUCCAGUAGCAGCAGGGAGUGUCCCCGUUCGAAGCGGGACAGUAAGGAGAAAAGGCGAGACGGUCUGCCUGGCAGCUACCAGUGGCAGUCCUACAGCAAGUAUGGCCACGACAGAGACAACAGUUGGAUACAUUAUUCAGAGAAAACCACCUACUACUCCAGGGGUCACAGGAACGGUGAAUCCCGCUCUGAAUCUCGCAGUAGGGAACCCCAUGACAGCGGUCACAGGGACGAAUUUCCCACCGGGACAUACUCCACUGGUAGCCGAUCGCCCUCUUUCAGGAAAAGGUCCAGCCAAGACAAGCCUGGGGGCAAGAGGAAGUACAAGACCAGGCACUUGGACGAACCGGACAGAGGAUCGGAUCUGAGGUCGGGAUCCGAGGCGGUGGACACAACCAGCAGUAGGACCAGCUCCAGGAAACAGAAGAGGUCGAAGGAGAGGCCAGCGAAGAGGGACGCCACCCUCGGAGGGGAAACAGACGAUGUAGGAAACGGGUCGGACCAAGGCAGGAGGCACCACAAGAAGAAGAAGAAACACAAGAAGAAAAGCAAAAAGCACAAGAGCAAGGAGCGCCCAGGGAAAAACUCACCCACUGUCAUCACCAUUGAAAGCGACAGUGGUCAUUCUACCUAUAGCAAUGUUGACCCCUCAGGCAAGGAAAACCUUCCAAUUGCCACAGGCAUGCCACCAGAUACUGACGUCACAAGCCGCGAUGGUGAUGUGUCAAAAAGUGAUUCAAUGCCAGCUGACAAUGUUUUAUACCAACAAUAAACAUUAACUGUGGAUGAUUGGAGAAUCACUUUUGUUAGGAAUGCCUUUAUAGCAAAUGCCUUUUAAACUAAUUAUUUUCACAGCAUAAAUGGUUUACAUAUAAAUAUGGGAUGUGUUAUUUAGCAUCAAGGUCUAGAUAGUUGCUACACCCACAUCAAAUGUGACUGUGUGACUUUCAAACUUUGUAGUACUGUUUCAAGUGAACACAUCAAAUCAGGAAAGUAUUUUCUUCUAACUUGUUCCAGGUUGCAUUCUCAGGUAUAACAUUGUAUUCACAUAUUUUAUUCAAUAGGAAUCACUUGAAUGCUUGACAAUGAACCACCUGCUCAUGUACCCUUUUUUAUUUUGUUAAUUCAGAGGUCACAGUCUCUGGAUCUGUUUAUCACAUAUCUAAGAGGGUUCCUCUCCAUAAAUUGUUAUUCAUGUUGAGACACAAAUGCUCCAUCACAGAAUAGAAUCAUAUUUUUAAAAAGGACAAAAGUGUUUUUUGAAAGGAAAUACAUUUCUGGGACUUAUUUCAUAGUGCCAGUUAUUUAUUUCAGCAGACUUUUACCUAAUAAUACCACAUUUAUUUAUUUGAUGACAUGUAUUUCCUAAUAAAACAUUCAAAUGAG